CGGCCUCGAUCUUUAAAGACCAAGUCAAAUAGCCGUCUUUGCUUGGUACCUUUUACAAUUCAACCGGCAAGUGGAGUUAUUUCCAUUGGCAAGAAGAUUGAAAUUCAGAUUGAAUGCUCCACGGGGUUCAAUGCUUCAAGUCACGAUGAAGAAUUGGUUAUAAAUAUUUCGGAUAAAGCAACAACGAACACGAUUUCUUACCGACUCUCUGCCGAGGUAGUGGUUCCCGUUUUGAAAUUCGACAAUAAAUUAUCAAUCUUUGAGGAGCACCUAAUUUGUAAAACCCGAGAAGAAUUUGAAAUCCUGACCAGUAACACGGUCACAAGUCUAGCAUAUAUUGAAGAGGAAAACUGCUUUGAGUUUGGUCCUUGCCAACUUGAAAGCAUAUGCAAAGGCAAAUUCAAGGUUUUUAAUUGUUCAAAGAUCCCCAUUGAUGUUGAAUUUCAUAUUCAAAGCGAUCAAAUCUCAAAUCGUGGCAAAGGGAGAAGAAGUGAUAGUGAUGAAUUGGAUGUCUUUAAAUUAGAUCCGUCCCAAUGCCGCAUUGAACCCUUUCAAGCCGUUUAUUCAUGCUUCUCUUUUAUGCCAAAUUCUCUUCAAACUUUCUCGUCUAACUUGCAUGCUUUUGUAAAAGGCCAAAAUUCCAACUUGUCUCUUUUUGAUGUUCGAGGUAGAGGAGUUUUACCUCGGGUUCGUAUUGUUGAACCAUCUCGUAAUUCAAGUGGCGAAUAUUGGCUUGUUUUCAAUGAGAAAAGGAAUUCCAAUUUGGUGGUAUUGCUGAAUAUUGAAGAAACAGGAAAUGAGAUACGUGCCUUCAAGUUCAAUGGAGAUAUCAAUUCUAGUUCUUCAGAGAGUUCAACCGACAUCGCGUUAGGUAUUGGCGAAGCUGGAACUUUAGAGGUGCUUUAUAAUGAACCAAAAUAUCAUUCCAAUGAGGAAAUCAAAGGCGCUGUACAAAUGACAGUAAAGGGAAAUGAAUAUGAGAAGUUUGUAAUCAAAUUAUUGGGAAUCAAGUAUAGAAAAUUUACCACAUCUGGACCAAUUGAAAUCUUAAAUCUCGAAAUAGAAUCCGGCAAGCAACACUUAAAUCUCGGGACCUGUUAUACCGGAUCCCCAAUUUGCAGAACAUUCCUUCUAAACUACCCGAAAGAAAACUCUGAAAGCUCGACGGAUUCCUUAUACUACUUUCGUUGGCUAGUAGACAAUCCCCAUCUUGAAUUCGAACCUAUAAGUGGGGAAAUAAAACCAGGUUCUUCGAUUGAGAUAAUCGCAAAGUUUCAGAGUGACAAGUCAAUAAAAUAUCACCUUUCUCCAGUUCAGUGUGAACUCUACCCAUCGUCUAACUCGGAAAUAUCGGAGAAAAGCAACGUAGGAAGUGCGGCAGCUAAAGCAGAGGAAGGAUCAAUGUGCGUUAGAGUUAUUACUAUUUCCAUCAUUAUACUCAUUCUUUUCUUACCAUACAUAAAUAUGAAUUAUAGAACAGCACGAGGUGAUGCAGAAGUGAAUACUACUGAAGAAGAGGAAGUAGAACGGAUAUUAUUGGAUGUUCUUUUCUCAGUUACUUGUGAUUUCGUUGAAUAUGAAUGCAACACCGAAGUGAUAGAGUUUCCUGAAACUCCUUUGCAUUGUGAAUCGAUUCAAAAGCUACAGAUCAAGAAUACAGGUGCUGUCGUAAUGUGCGUAAAUGUUGAGAUGAUUGAAGAGCCCUUCUAUUGCGGGAUUUCCAAAUGCGUCAUCGACCCCGGAAAGAAUUACGAUCUAUCUCUUCAAUAUCGUCCAACUCAGUCAAGAAUUGACCAAGGAAUAUUUGUUCUACGGUUCCAAAACACAGAAGAUGAAUCGAAUUCCAUCAAGAAAAUUCAACUGUUGGCUAAAGCCUGUAGCCUUCCUCUACACUUCCAGUUAUCCAAAAGCGAUUACCAGCCAAAAUUCACACCCAGUGACCCCUUCUGGAAUGAGACUCAAACUUUAGAGCUAACGGCUAUCGGAAUUGGGAAUAAGUGCAUUAGGUCGUUUGCAAUAAAAAACGCUAGUGAAGAGUUAGUUGAAAUUAAACUAGAAAGAAUCAAAUAUGAAAAACAAGGAGGAAUGGCGAUCCGUCUAUCGGAAAAUUGUUUGGAACCAGGGUGUUCGAAUGAUGUCAUUGUCAAAUUCAUCAGUCGUACAAUGGAGCCUGAAGAAUGCUUUGUGGUAUUUGAGGCGAAUGGAUUUCGUGUUCCGCUGAUUAUCGUUGGACACACAAGGGAAGCCAUAGCUGCUUUCGAUAAAAGUCAUGUUGAUUUCGAGAAUGUUCUAAUUGGAAGAACUGCUACACGUUUCGUGAAUCUUGUGAAUACAGAGGAAAUCCCAAUUAACUUCAAGAUAGAUAAGACAACUUUGCGCUGUAAUGAGAGCUCGGAAAAAUUAGCAAUUUCUCCAGUGAAUGGACUUUUACAGCCUAAAGAAAAAUUACCCAUUAAAAUUGAAUUUUCACCCAAAGAAGAAAGAAAAUGCAAUUACAAUAUUAUUUGCAAAGUGGAUUAUCGUGAACGACCUCUCCGACUAAACGUUAAAACAAUCGCAUUAAAGUAUUCCAUUUCCGCCUGGCUCAUUGGCGAUGGUGACAAUUCGAACUUGGACAUCAAGCCUGCAUUGGAACAAGUUCAGGCUAAUGAUAUUUCCAAGUUCCUCUCGUUAUCCUCGCAAAAACUAAUCAACUCACCAACUUUAUUAAGUAAGCUUUCCACAAUCGAUUUCGGAGAAGUUUUCGCUUGGUGUGAACAGACAAGAUUGUUUAAGUUAAUCAAUCAGAGUAAAUUCGAAAUCACAUUUGCUUCCUCCAUUGUUAAAACAAUCAAAGAAGCCCCAGAUAUCUUUGCAAUCUCACCAAUUUCAGGCAAAAUACCACCUCUUAGGACCGCUUUAGUUGAAAUCAAAUUCUGCUCAAAAUCAAUCUUUGAAGUACCACUUCAAAGGACGUGUUUUCUUGGCGUAAUUGGUAUUCUUAAUGGACCUGUUUUUGCAGUAGACCUUCGCGGACAAAUCACAGUAAAUCCAGUUGAAAUGGCUCCAGAGAAGCUAGAUUUUGGUCCAUUCUUUAUUCAACCGGUCGGCUUAGGACGUGCGACAAAAAAUCUUGAGAUAUUGAACAGGAGUUCAGAUAAAUCCAUUUACAUAACUUACGCAUCCUCUUCUUUACCUGAAUUCGAAUGCGAUCUCACUCCUCAAAUGGUUGAACCUUUAUCUUCAAUUAAAACAAACGUUUCUUUCUCCCCAUUAUUGUGCAAGAAGUACGAAGGAAGUCUGUGUUUUCGACUAAACGACAGAGUGAGAAUAACAAUUCCAGUUACUGGAAAAGGCGUUAAACUCCAUUUGGAAGCUAAACCAGGCAAACUUAUUGUAAAUAAGAAGGGCGAAAAGGUGGGGAAGGUGGUUGAAUACCGAAAGGAGGAAAUUACAUCCGUGAAUCUUGGUGAGCUUAUGGCAUCGGAGAGCAGUCGUUGUGUUGUGUUAAUUAAUAAUAAAACUUCAGUCCCAUUAGUGAUUUCUGCUGCUGCCAUCUUACCCAAGUCGAAGCAGCUGAAUGAGGUUCAUUGUGAACCCUCCAGUAAUAAGACGGGCUUUGCUGAUGUCAUUAGCAUGCAAUUUUUAAAGUGUCAGGCUUUUACUUGGAAUGCCAAAAAUUUAGAAACUCCAUUGCAAAACUGUGGAGCACCUUCCAAGGAAACAGCCGCUGCCAUUGAAAUCUUUUUCAAUCCCCAAGGCAAACCUAUUGAUUCAUUCGCUGAGGAGACUAUGCUGAGAGUUUUUGCUAAAAGUAAUCCAGAGAAACAGGUUUGGAUUCGGGGAUUCCAAAUCUCUGGAAAAUGUACUGCCGUGAGGGUAUUAGCAGAGGCGACGACUGUAAAUUUUGGAACUGUGGUAGCUGGGAGUCUGUUGAUCAGAUGCGUAGCAUUUACCAAUCAUGGCAAUAAGAUGGCUAGAUAUGUUUGGAAUGAAAAGACUGUUCCGAAGAAUAUCCUUUCCAUUGAGCCUUGGAAAGGCUAUAUUCAGCCGGGUUCCUCCGUGAAUUUCAAAUUUUCUCUAAAACACGACUUGAAGGAUGGGGAAAUUUUGCAUAAGGACGUAACCUGCAACAUCGAAAACUCUAGUCCUCUCAAGUUUGCUGUCAUUGGAACAAUUGCAACCUCCUCCGAUUCGGAAGUGAUUAAAUUCUCCUGUCCCGUUCGCAGUAACAGCGCGUAUAGUAUCACUCUCUCCAAUCCAACAGACAAUUGGUGGAGCAUCAAACCAGUUUUCACUGGAUCUGGCUGGAAUGGAGAACCGAUCGUCGAGAUUCCACCAAAGGGAACCAAGGAUUAUCUCAUCAACUACCAUCCACAAAGUAUGACUCAAAACGGAGUCCCGCUAAAGCCUCCUCUAAUUCUGUUAAAUUCUAUGCUCCCCUUUCAGGCUCAAGUAUUCUUUCCGCUACAAAAUGGAAAAGGCCUACUUUACAAUCUCGAAGGAAUGGCUGGUCCACCGGAACCCAUUGCAUCCAAAAUUAUUGUGGAAUUUUCGCGCGGCCAAAAAUUUGACCUCAGCAUCAGUGUUCCAAAUUGGCUUCCGAAAUUACAAAGAUUUCGUGUUUCUUGGAAGGCUUCAGAUGAGGUCAACUUUACAUUUACAGGAUCUAUGUAUUUCGAUAUCCCUGGAGGCAAGUCCAAAAGUUACAUUCUCGUGUGCUACUCGAAAAUCGAGGCUUCAACUGACUUGAAGGUAACAUUAUUUGAAAAUGUUCUCUUUGUAUUUGUCAAGGUUAUAUUUACAAAUCAGAAAACUGGGGAAUAUCAAUUUGUGGAAUAUCAACUUCGAAGUAUUAAACCGAAGCCUGAAGGUGUAAUUGAAUUGAAAUCCCCCCUUCAAAAGACGUCGAUUUACUAUUUGGAAUUGAAUAAUCCUUUUGAUAAUGAAAUUGUCAUCGGAUUGCGUUCAUCAUUGCCAGAAUUGAUUUGUCCACCUGAGUACAAAAUGCGCCCACUAACAAAGACCAAGAUCCAAUUGAAAUUCAAGCCUUGGAGAGUGGGGAAUUUGAAAGGCAUAUUGGAAGUAGACAGCAAAGAUCUUGGCCAGAGCAUUUACGAUCUACACCUGGAAGCCCUCGAACCACUUCCAGAAAAGCCUGUUAAGUUUAGAACCAGUGUUGGAAAAGUGGGAUCAAACUUUGUGACUAUUUGCAAUCCCAGUCAAAAUAGGGUCGUAUUCACCUGCGAGGUGAGUUUUAUUAAUGAUUCGUCCUUCCACUGCGAUAAAUCCCUUCUGCUUGCCGCCAAUUCAUCCGCCCUGUUAGCAGUGACUUUUGAACCAGCUCAGUUAGGAUCGAGGGAAGCUACUUUAAAAGUCACUAGCAACCAAGUCGGCCCAUUUUUGUUCCAGCUUUGCGGUUUAGCCACACCACCAGAGCCUCAAGGCCCUUUCCUUAUUUCUGCAACCUCUCCGACUCAACUCAAGGUUAAAAAUAUCUUUCCACAAUCAAUGAAAUUUCAAAUAAAAGUAAGAGAAUUACACCAUGAAGUCACUUGUCAAAUAACUCUGUCAAUCAUCCUUGAUUGUUGA